AUUAAGACUAGCAACCUUCAAAGUAGUCUCCGAGGGAGGUUUUGACGAAACUUGUGCUCUUGUGGCGACUCUGGAUGUUGUCGCCACUCGGCGGACUGCCAUUAAGCUCAGGUUCGCAGCGAAGUAGGUGCCACGAAUUAAACGAGGUUCCAAAGUGGACACGUUAUGAAGCAUGUCGUGUGAACUUGGAACGAUAUGAAAUUGAAGGAGACAAUCUCUUACACCAGAUAAUUAUCAUCGAUGAAACAUGGGGAAGGGCCUACGAACCUGAGUUCCGGUACGUUUUUGUGUCGUAUGAGUGAAAUGUAAGUGUGGGAAAAGCAAUUAUUCGAAGAUGAAUUUAAUUGAAGAAGGAUUUAACAAAAGGUAAACUAGACCGGCCAUGGACGUACUGGGGAGGAUCAAGCAUUGCAGGCCGUCCUAGGUUAAUGCCUAUUGGUGAAGAUAAGAAAGUCAAGUGGCAAAGAAUUGUUGCGAAAGAAAAAUGAUUCCUAUGAAAUUCUAAGGAUGUAUGUGUAUGCCUUCCACAUAAUGAAUAGUUUGCUUGUAUUGCCAUCUGAUGAUAGAGACUGUGCACCUCCUUCAACGAGGUAUUUCCCAAAGAGCGAGAGUAUAGAGAAGGGACAUUUGCCAUAUGACAAUCAGAUGACUUCUCGGUUUAAUUCAGCGCUUUGCUCCGCCAAUGAGGGUGUCAGAACAAUGUCUAAGUUAUACAGUACGCACAGUGAAAUGCAGGGAGGAACAAGAACGUCUGCUACAUCCAAGCCACCAAGAAGCGUGAAGCCUUCAGUGAUCAAGAAAUUACCUAACGAACAGGCAAAGGCUACAUCUGGCCUGAACUUGAGUAAAGGCAGCAGUGUGAUUCAAAGAGAAAUGAGAACACGUGGCAAGGCACCAGGAGGCAUUAAGACUGCAGUGAAGAAAGAACUGCCUAAAGAACAGGAAAGCCUUGAUAAUCUGCGUGACGGAGUAGUGAAGUCAACCAGUGAUAAUGUGGACUGUGUGGAGGGGAAUGAAGUAACUGAUUUGAGGAGAAGGAAUAAUCCCUCAAAUCCCAUAGUUAAGGAAUCAAAACACAGUGGGCAAGAAGCUUUGCUCCAAAAUGAACUGCAGGCUGCUCUGGCACAGCUGAAAUCAGCUGAGCAGCGCAUGAAGGAGGCGCAGGACAAAGUAAAAUCCUUGGAGGAAGCCAACAAAACAGCUCGCGAGGAGGUGCUUGCCAUCCAGGCAUCAUUGUCAGAUGCCGAUAGUGAAAAUGAAGAACUGCGAGAGCAAUUAAAUCAGCAAAAGUUGGUGACUGAACAGAUGGAUCACAUGAUAUGUCAGGAAUGCAAAUUCUUGAAAGGAUGUGAAGAGUUCCCGAAAGACGAACAGGCAGACCAGGUGAAGAAGAAGGUUUCAGCAGAUAUGAUUAAAAAAAUAUACUUGAAAAUAGAAAAAUAUGGUAUUGAAAUGAAACGUUUGGGAUCUAUAUUGGAAGAAAUGCAAAAAGAGAAAAUUGUUAUCGAAAAACAACGCGAAUACGUUGAUGAAUGCAUUGCACAGUUUAUGCGUUAAUUUUAGAAGAGAAAAGGUCAAAGGGCCAUCACAGAAGCAGUUGAAUGAAGACAUGGAAUUAUGAGUUGUGAAAAUAUGUGAAAUUUGAUGGUACUACUGAAAACUUUAAUGCUUUUGGAAUUAGACAUUGACUGUGAGAUACCUUCAGCAUUGCCGAUGUAAGAGUGUACUAAGUUAACAAAUUUUUAACUUUGAUGAUGACCGUCUUCAGGGAAGUGGCCACAGAUAGAAGUUGUCUGAUGUUUCAAAACACUUACUGCCUUCAUCAUCACAGCAGUGAUUCAUCCAGAUCAACUGUUAAACAGGAUGAGGAGAGAGAGCAAUGGAGCAAUUGGGAGGGGGAGCAGACCACAGUGGAAGAAGAGAAUAUAGAACUGCUCCUUGGUCCUUGACGUAGUCUCAGUAGAAAAGCAUGUCUUCCCAUUGCAGGCCUGGUCACAUUUGUAGGGCAUAAUGUUGUUGGAGAAGGUCCAUGGACUGACUGUUGUGCCUGGACAGCAGCCUGCUUCUCCAGUUGAAGGUCAUGACGACAGAGGGAGGGAAGGUGAUGGAGACAUGUUUCUCUGAUCUGAUGACUGUAACUGUUGUGCCUGAAAGUGGCCUUGAGAAACUUCAGAUCAUCAUGUAGGGAUUCCUGCAGGAUUGUGCACAGUGACCCCUAUGUCAGGUCAGACUCACGUCACCUGUCCAAAAAAUAGGUUGUACUUUGCGCAUCCCUUUAUGACUGGGAAAACCUACAUGAGGAGCUGGAGACUCUUAUGACCACUUACAGGCAGCAGAUCUGAUGGGCUCUGAGCCUGUCAGAGUGCGUUGCCCUGGAGAAAGCUGUCUGUUGCCUUCAUUCCCUAUAACACCAUGACCUUCAUCUAAAUCAGUGUGUUUCUGUCCAGGCACAUCAAGUGUGUGGUUCUUCCCCAAGGAAGAUUCCUAUUUCUUUUAUCCUGUGAAUUAAAAUUACAUUUUAUGAAUCUUGUUAAUCAUCUAUGUAAUACAGAAAAUAUUAAUAUAAUAUCAAAGUGUAAAAUAAAUUUCAAAAUUUUAAUCUUUCAACAGA